AGAGCGGCGUCUGACCUCGGCCGCCCGGGGAAUGGCCGGGCUGGACACCUAGCGUCCGCGGCAAGGGAGGGCCCCGCCGGCUGCCCGCCUUCAGGAUUGGAUCUCGCUGCGAGCCGCGGGCACACACCCGAAACCGGCCAACGGCCCCGAGCACCCGCGCCUCCCCACACCAUGAACGAGGACGCCAUCUGCAGCGCCCUGCCCACCAUUCCCUACCACAAGCUGGCCGACUUGCGCUACCUGAGCCGCGGCGCCUCUGGCACGGUGUCGUCGGCCCGUCACGCGGACUGGCGCGUCCAGGUGGCCGUGAAGCACCUGCACAUCCACACCCCGCUGCUCGACAGUGAAAGAAAUGAUGUCUUAAGAGAAGCUGAAAUUUUACACAAAGCUAGAUUUAGUUAUAUUCUUCCAAUUUUGGGAAUUUGCAAUGAGCCUGAAUUUUUGGGAAUAGUUACUGAAUACAUGCCAAAUGGAUCAUUGAAUGAACUGCUACAUAGGAAAACUGAGUAUCCUGAUGUUGCUUGGCCAUUAAGGUUUCGUAUCCUGCAUGAAAUUGCACUUGGUGUCAAUUACCUGCACAAUAUGAAUCCUCCUCUACUUCAUCAUGACUUGAAGACUCAAAAUAUCUUACUGGAUAAUGAAUUUCAUGUUAAGAUUGCAGAUUUUGGUUUAUCCAAAUGGCGCAUGAUGUCACUCUCACAGUCACGAAAUAGUAAAUCCGCACCAGAAGGAGGCACAAUUAUCUAUAUGCCACCUGAAAACUACGAACCUGGACAGAAAUCAAGGGCCAGUGUCAAGCACGACAUAUAUAGUUAUGCUAUUAUCACAUGGGAAGUCUUAUCCAGAAAACAGCCUUUUGAAGAAGUCACCAAUCCUUUGCAGAUUAUGUACAGUGUAUCUCAGGGACAUCGACCUGACACUAAUGAAGAAAGUUUACCUUUUGAUAUACCUCAUCGAACACUUAUGAUAUCUCUAAUAGAAAGUGGAUGGGCACAAAAUCCAGAUGAAAGACCAUCUUUCUUAAAAUGCUUAAUAGAACUUGAACCAGUUCUGAGAACAUUUGAAGAGAUAACUUUUCUUGAAGCGGUUAUGCAGCUGAAAAAAACAAAGUUACAGAAUGCUUUAAGUACCGGUCAUGUAUGUAAUGAGAAGAAAAUGGAAUUAUCUUUGAACAUAUCUGUAAAUCAUGGUCCACAAGAGGAAUCAUGUGGAUCCUCUCAGCUCUAUGAGAGUGGCACUUCCCCUGGCACCUCAAGAUCCCUGUCAGCACCUCAGGACAGCGACUUUUUAUCUAGAAAAACACAGGACUAUUCUGCGAAGCUGCAUCAAUGCCCAGUAAAUCACAGUUGGAACAGCACUGUGCCUGUAUCUCAGAAGACACCCUGCUGUGAUCACAAAACCUCCCCAUGUUCUUUAAUAUUAAUAAAUCCACUCGUGGCUGAGCAAAAUUCAGAACGUGUGCAGCCUGGCAUAGCCCAACUAUGGAUCCAGAGCAAAAGGGAAGAUAUUGUAAACCAAAUGACUGAAGCUUGCCUUAACCAGUCACUAGACGCCCUUCUGUCCAGGGACUUGAUCAUGAAGGAGGACUAUGAACUUAUUAGUACCAAACCCACAAGGACCUCAAAAGUCAGACAAUUAUUGGACACUACUGAUAUCCAAGGAGAAGAAUUUGCCAAAGUCAUAGUUCAAAAGUUGAAAGACAACAAACAGAUGGGUCUUCAGCCUUACCCAGAAACUCCUGCAGUUGCUAAAUCAUCAACUUUAAAUUUACCUCCUAAUAAAAGCUUAUAGAUGAGCCUUUUUUCAAGAAGAAAAGUCAGUUUAUCAAAUGAUAUUUAUCUUUGUUGCCUUGAUACUGUUUUUUGUAAAAAUCCAUCUGAGUAUUCAAGCUUUACAGAAGAUUCUUCUUUAGACAAAUGUUAGUCUCCUUCAUGAUGAUGCAAUAUUUCAUAAUACAAGGUUUGCAGUUUUGCUACACAAUUCAAUUUGAAUGUCUUUCGGUAACUAAAACAUUUUUAAGUGUAAUAAUUGUAUUCUAGUCCAUAACAGUGCUUUAAGAUAUUAAGUGUUUCUAAUGGAAGUCAUUUUCAUAUUCACUUUCUUUGUGGAUUAUUUAUUACUGGUCUAAGAUGCAGUUUGACUUUAUGAAUUAUAUGCCUUUCCACAGAUGUCACAGUAAUUCAGUACAGUAUUCUUGCCUUAGAUUCCCAGGUUUAAAUUCUCUUAAAAAGCUCACUUAUUUUAAAUCAUUUUAUUUAGAUUACACUUUACAAUUUUGUUUAUGAAUUAUUCUUUAACAGUUGUUCCAGAAAACACAAAGUACGUAAAGAAAAAAAUGAGCCUUUCAACACCAGUUAGAUGCCCCCAUUUUUAACCUCAGGCUUCCCCCAUCACAAGCUAACCAAAAUUGGUAGCCUGAUGUGUAGCAAUAUAUCCUCUGGAACCCUUCCUUCUGCUUAUAUUGAAAGCAUAUGCUCAUUUUGGAGAAGAUCUUUUCUUAAUAUUAUUACUAGUAUUAUAAUGUAUCAUAGUACAACCUGCUUUUUUGCACUUACUACAUACAACCCUCCAGAUCAGGUAGUGGUCUAAGUCAUUCUUUGUUGUUGCAGAAUGUCUAUGCAGUGUUUUAUAUUUUCUUAGCUUGUUUACACCAAAGUAAACCCAAACAAUAAAGGUACCAUGUAAGCUCUUUUUUUAUUGGUUUGUAGCUUCUAUCACUAGAUGCAAACCUACAGGAAAUCCUUUUUCCGAGAAAUGUUUAGCAGUCAACAAAAAAAGUAAGAUAAAUUUUAAGAUCCUAAUUUUCAACAAACAUUAGACUUAGAGAGAUUAGCUAUAGCUGAGGCAAUUAAAAUAUUUUAUUAAAUUAUUAUAGAAUAUUUAGAUCUCCAUUUAGAGUUUUACAUUAGUCUAUUGUGCUUUUUGGAAAUAUGGAAAUUUAUAAGGAAAAAUGAAAACUAAAUGUAUGAAUUAUCUAUUAAGCUUUAGUUGAGUUUGAAAGGUUUAAUUUGAGACAUAGGUAGAAAAAAAUAUUUUCUAGUUUUUCCUGUUCCUCUAUAUCCUUAAAAGAGUCUUUUGACUAUUAAUGGCUUCAAAUUCUAUAUUGACUUAUUUGAAUUGAUAAAAUAUAGAAUAUAUUAACAAAACAAAUACAUUUUCUGCAAGGAACAAACUCAGUCUAUAUGCUUCUAACCACAUGCUUACCAGACAUUUGUAUUUCUUUGCAAAGUUUUCUACAGGAAUAAUAACAUAUUAAUGAAUAAGAAAUUUGUCACUAAUCAAGAUGAAUCUACAUUGAAUUUUCAUUCCUAGUUUCAUUAUAAUCUCUAUAACACCACAGUGAUGUUUAGAAGGUGAAACAAAAGUGCCAAGUAGGACCAAUUGAUAAAAAACAGAGUUUGGUGCUUUCCAAAUAUCUCUUUAAGGAGUAGGAGCAAAGAUGGAGAAGGAAAGAUUCCUUUAUAUCACAUUUCCCAACAUGUGGUGCAAGUACAUUAGUAGUAAAGUGUGAUUAUGACUGACUUCAGAAAGUUGC